CGGCGGCACCUCCGGGCGGCGGCUCCUCCCUCGCCGCGCCGCGCCUGUGGCAGCCCGGCAGCAUGGCGGCGGUGGAGACUCGCGUUUGCGAGACGGCCGGUUGCAGCAGCGAGGCCAAGCUGCAGUGUCCGACCUGCCUCAAGCUGGGCAUCCAGGGUUCCUACUUCUGCUCUCAGGAAUGCUUUAAGGGAAGCUGGGCCACUCACAAGUUAUUACACAAGAAAGCAAAAGAUGAAAAAGCUAAGCGUGAAGUUUCCUCUUGGACGCUGGAAGGUGAUGUUAACACAAAUCCCUGGUCUGGUUAUCGAUAUACUGGUAAACUCAGGCCACACUAUCCACUGACGCCAACAAGACCCGUGCCAAGUUAUAUUCAAAGACCAGAUUAUGCUGAUCAUCCACUAGGAAUGUCUGAAUCAGAACAGGCUUUAAAAGGAACCUCUCAAAUAAAAAUACUCUCAUCUGAGGAUAUAGAAGGCAUGCGAGUAGUGUGUAGGCUUGCUAGAGAAGUAUUGGAUGUUGCUGCCAUGAUGGUGAAAGCAGGUGUAACUACUGAAGAAAUUGAUCACGCUGUCCAUUUAGCUUGUAUUGCAAGGAAUUGCUAUCCUUCCCCUCUGAAUUACUAUAAUUUCCCUAAGUCGUGUUGUACAUCAGUGAAUGAAGUGAUCUGUCAUGGAAUUCCUGACAGGAGGCCAUUGCAGGAGGGAGAUAUUGUUAAUGUGGAUAUUACUGUCUAUCGUAAUGGCUACCAUGGAGAUCUGAACGAGACGUUUUAUGUUGGAGAAGUUGAUGAGGGUGCAAGGAGGCUUGUCCAAACAACUUACGAGUGCCUAAUGCAAGCCAUCGAUGCAGUAAAACCUGGUGUUCGGUACAGAGAACUGGGAAACAUUAUUCAGAAACAUGCUCAAGCAAAUGGAUUUUCAGUGGUUCGGAGCUACUGUGGGCAUGGAAUCCAUAAACUUUUCCAUACGGCCCCUAACGUGCCACAUUAUGCCAAAAAUAAGGCAGUUGGAGUUAUGAAGCCUGGUCACGUAUUUACAAUUGAACCAAUGAUCUGUGAAGGUGGUUGGCAAGAUGAAACAUGGCCUGACGGUUGGACUGCGGUAACAAGAGAUGGAAAGCGAUCUGCCCAGUUUGAACACACACUUUUGGUCACCGAUACAGGCUGUGAGAUCUUGACCCGGCGGCUGGAUAGUAUUCGUCCCCAUUUCAUGUCCCAGUGAUAGUCUAGACUGAGCACAUGGAUCUGAACAAUACAUAUGUUUUGGGGUUUUUUUUUGUCUCUCUACUAUGCAUUUUUUUUAAGAGUACAGAAUAGAGAGAUUUCAUCAUUUACUUUGUUCUCAGUGAUUGUAGAUAAGAGGAAUAUCUUGAAGAACCUGACCCAAUGUCUGGAAAAGCAGAGAAGAAUUUAAAGAAUUUCCUGCUUUCCUCCUACCUACAGCACUCAUGCUAUAUUUUUCUUUUUUCUUCAGUUAUCUCUUUAGCACCUUUCUUCCAAUUAGACCCACGAUCGCUUCUGUUGCUGCCAUGAUAUUCGCUAGAAAAUUGUGGGUAACUUUUCCCACUGGGACUUGAUAUUUUGGGAUCCAGGUGUGGGUGUUUUGGGUUUUUUUUUUUUUUUUUUCACCACUUCAGUGUGCCCUGUCAACUCUUGGUAUGUGAGUGGCACCUGAGAUUUUAAGCAUUUCUAGUUCCAAAGACUUGCUCCUGCUUCUGCAGUUACUGUUCUAAUGGGCUGGGCCUUGUUUGUUUAUCAGUUUGAGAAGGGGGCAGAAGGGAGAAAGACAUGCAUGUUGCCAAGAAUAGGCUACCCUUACCUUUAAUUCUGUCCCCGCCUCUCUGCUGGUGGCUUCUGUGGUGAUUCUGACUGUAGGUGACACGCUGUGUUAAUGGCAGGACUUGUUUCUCUUGCUGGAGAUUUGAUAGUAUGGGCUUCCUAACAGGGAAAAUCAAUAAAUUCCAUCUUAUAAGCAGCUCCCUGGAAUAAGCUGCUUCUCAGUGAAGCAGUAUUUGCAGGCAGUCUCCUGCUCCAAAAGCUUAGUGGAGCUUUGCUUAGGUAAAGGAAUGAAACAACCAAAAAGAUCCCUUGAUUUGUGGGAUCCCUGCACGUGUGAAGUGUGGGGCGUUUUUUAAAGGUACAUCCACUGUAGCUGUGGGGGAUUGGAUUUGCAAGACUUGCAGUGAAAUGAGUAUAUAUCUCAAAAUAAGUCUGAGUGUGAGAAAAUGAAACACCUUCAAUGCUGUAUUCAUUUUCUUUUGGCAAUUUUUAAACAGGUCAUUUUUUUACCCCCUCAGUUAAGUGUUUCAUGCUUUUGGAAAGUCUUAGGGGGGCAGCUAUGAAAACUGAUGGUUUUUUUCCUUAGACUGGGUAUAGAGCGGGCAAUGUUAGUAUAUAUACCCCUUUAUUUCUGUUAAUGGGUCAUGAUGAGCUGGAAACUGUCACGUUAAUGAGUGUGGAUUGAUUAAGUCUCUCUUCGCUCUACCCUUUCUUUUCCCAUGCUCACUUCCUUUCCAUCAUCUUUGGUGUCUCUGCUGAGGAAAUUUAUUUUUUUCUUCUGAAUUGUAACGAAAAAUUUUUCAGACCCCAUUGCAGACUUAGUCUUGCACCACUGUAAUGCAAGAAAUACUUAAAUGAAUGCAGACAUUAAAUCAUAACAAUCAUGGGUAUAAAAUACACCUUUUACAAGGUGUCUGGUGAAUUUGUUGCCACAUUAGACCCAAGCAUAUGAGGUACUGCACGUCCUUGUCUCCCUUUAGCACUGCAGAAUUUAGGUGGGGGAAAAGGGGUUAGUGCUUCAUAGAACUGGACUCCUGUGUACUACCAAAUACCAAAUUUGCCAGAAAGUCUUCUCUGCCCUGAGUGCCUCAGACCUCUGUUGCUGUAAGAGUAUCAUUGCGAUGUUUUCAUUACCUUUAUUAUUUUUAAUUAUGCAGUAAAGUGACCUGAAAUGAUGCAUAUAGAGUGCGUGUGCGUGCGUGAGUGUGUAUAGAUUUUAACAAAACAGACUGUAGUACUUGAGUGGAAUUACCUGUGUUGAAUGAGAUGUAAUGUAUUGAGGAGAUGACUGUCCUGGAGGUUUGCCCACCGUAUCAUUCACUUGAAUGGUUACAACGGUCUUGCCUUUUCUAUAUGUGUGUGUAUGAUGGGGGGGGUGGGGGCUUCAUUUUUGGUCUAUAAAAUAAAAGUUGCAGCUGCUUUUAACAGAAAUAACAUUUAUUUUUGUGAUCCAGAACCAGCAUAGCAUUCUGAAUUAUAUCCAGGUUUGCUUGCGCUACUGCAAGCCUUACUGGUUGAUGCAUGCAACCAGUUAAAAUCACCCUUGAACCUACACACGUGCCACUUGAAUACCUCUUUGUCUUUGCAUCAAUACAACCAAAUUAACACUGCACGUUUUUAAUAUGGGUAAUCUACGAUGCUAUGCAUUUCUGCCUAUAAAUUGAAAUCACAGCAUGUUUAUAUUGAGUUCAUACUACUACAGUACUUUUGAACAGGUGAAAGGCUUAGUCAGCAUCUACAUCAGUUCUUUCAACAUGAGAUAGCACAAAACUUAAUAAAAAUAUUGUGAAAGGCUAUUUUUUCACCUGUCUAGCUGUAACUGCUUGAAAAUGACAUAUUAGACUUGUGCUGACCGGGUUUGGGAAAUUAUCUAUUUUUGAUUCUUACAGAAGUUGCUAUCCACUUAAAAAAAAUAAAUAAAAAACCCAAACAAAAAACCCCACUGACUUAAAUCUACUUUCUAAUGAAAUUUCUAGAAAUUGUAUACACUUUGCUAAAAAUUAUCCUGCAAUUAGUUCUGAAACUAUCUCAAAGUAUUUUUCCUUUACUAUCAUAUAAGGGAGCAUGGAAACUCAUCAUGCUGUUUCUGCAAAUUUACGUUAAUAUUUAAGGAGAGAAGAUUUGAUAGCUAAUGUUGAAUAAAAGUAACAGCAUGAGGAGAGGCGGGACAAGCUGCAUCUUUUUACAUGACAGCAAGCAGAGUACACGCGCAUUUCACAUGCGGUCAUUUGGUGGAAACUUUUUGUCCACUGAAGUCCUUACAGUUGCCAAGAUGGUACAGUUCAAUACAGUAUCUUGAUCACCAAAAAUGGGGUACAAGCUCUUGUGUUUCUGAGUCCCUUUGUUAGCUGAGCAACUUCAAAGAGACCACUUCAAACACGCCCCAUUCCAUCCACUGCUUUGCAGGACAAAGUAAUGGCUAGGGUGUCUCAAUUCUUCAGGCUGGGAAGAAGCUGUAAGUCUUUGACCUGACUGCUCUGGCAUCACUAAAUGUCUUUGGUUUUGAUUUACCCUGGUAUUACGAGACUAGCUUUUCACAAACACUCUAAGAUGCAGAUUCUUUAAAGUAAUAAUAUAAUGCAGACAACAUAAUUGUACGGUCUUGAUCUAGUCUGUGCAGUCUAGAGGAACAACUGUUAUAGUAUAAAUACUUUAAAUCUGUUAGAUCCAGUUGGGGGGGUAGUUUUGCUAAGAUGUUGAGCUAAUAUUCUAUUGAUACCAUCUUGUAGUUAUAGAAUACUCUCGUUGGAACAGCUUGACAGCAAGUUCUUCUACUGGAAUUCUCUAACGUUCAGCCAGCGUUUCUGGAGCUACAAGGUACUUCACUGCUGUGUUGGAGAGCUAACUUUCCUGGUACAAAUUAACUUUUUAUUUCUUACCGAUGCUCAAAAUUGAAUUCUUAUGACAUUUUAGUAGUUAACUUUGUUGUUUACUCUGUCUGAAAUGAAGUUAGAAAUGCAGCUACCUCAACUAUUUUCAGAAUGUUCUAGGGAUAUCUUUCCAAUGACAAACGGAAAAGAUACGAUUUUCCCAGCUGUAUAGCAGUGUCUUGGGGUAAGGUUGUUAGUGGUGAGAGGGAAUUUCUUCUAAUAAAAUUACUGUUUGCAUUCAGUGUUCUCUCUAACAGUUGUUUUGAUCAGGCUCACUUAAAACAUGAAACUUCUGUCUCAAUUAGUGUCGCUGGUUCACUGAAAAUCACUGACUCGUUCUGUAUAUAACUCUUCUUUAACUGGGUAGGCUUUCUGCCUCUGCUUUGCAGCCUGUUUUCUGCUGUUUCUCUGGACCUGUGGCACUGCUUCCAGCUUUCAAUUCAAAGAAAUUUUAUCCAGUCAGAGCACUUCAGUUAUACUUAAGAAAUGCAAAAUUGAGACUUAACCCCUCCCCUUCCAACAAACAAACCGACCCCACAAAACCCUGAAGCCUUCAUCGCACAAUGCUCUUCACUGUUGUUCCCCGGCACCCCUCAAGCAGACUGUUGCUUUAAUAGUAAUAUUCCCUGCUUCAAUGGCAUGAUCUCUGACUAAAUAAGAGGUAACAAUCCCACCCUGUUUGAUUUUUGCUGUGUUGGCUGCAAAGGCCGCUUCACUUGCCAGUAAGUUUAAGGAAAUGGCAAAACAGUGCUACUGAAGGACUCCACCUAGGGCAAGUGACUAGGGUAGUCAAUGCUAUCAUCUUUAUAACAGGCCCGCCUGCAGCUACUACAAUGAGCCAAAUAGGAAAUAAGGCAGAAUAUGGACUUCUCAAGUGAACAUGGGUACACCUGGACACUGAGGUCAUCCAACCACAUUCUCCUCCACAGUUGGCUUCAAGGUAAAGCUGGAUGGUACAGCCUUUGUAGUCCUAGAAAAGCCUCAAGAAGCUUGACAGCUGUUGGGAGUUCUUGCCACUCUUUCAGUACAGUUACAGCACAUCAGUGCUGCUUCUCAAUCCAGCUGUGCUGAGCAAACUGCCUACUGUAAUGAAUCCCACAUCAUUUACUACUGACUCUGAGGAAUGC